AAUUGGCCACACCAGCCUUCAACUACUGACACCUGUUUCCAUUUACCAAAACAGAAUUGGAGGGAGAGGUAUAAAAAUUAAGCAGCAGCAGUACACAAGUUACUGCUUCCUGUCAACUUAGGUUGACAUUAUGGCUUUUUUGUUCAGGCUGUUGGUGGUCUCCUUAUUGGCAUUGGAGACAUGUAAAGUAAAAGCAUCAUAUGUUCCUUCAAUGCCUGUGUCUGGCAUUCUAACUUCGGGUCCAAACAAACCACACAAAUUGCCAGAUGUGCAACGCUAUGCCCCAUGGUUUCCAAGGAGUUUCCAUGGUUUCUUUGCCCCUCAGCAGGAACCGGGCAGUAGUAAACCUCAGUUACCUACUGAGCCGAAGUUACCAAUAGGAGGUCCAGUCCCUCUGUUUAACCCACCACAGUUUCCUAGAAAGCCUCUUUGUCCAGCAGGUUUUUGCAGGUCACCAAUAUUCCCUGUUGAGCCAAAGUACCCAAUAAGCCAUCCAGGCCUGCUGUUCAACCCAUUAUUGCUUCCUAUAGCCCCAGAGUACCCAACAGGAUUUCCAAACCCUCCCUUUAGCCCACCAAUUCUUCCUGUUGAGUCCAAGUACCCAAUUGGCAGUCCAGUCCCUCCAUCCAACCCACCAGUACUUCCUGUUGAGCCCAAGUACCCAUUAGGAGGUACAGUCCCUUCAGUCAAGCCACCACAGUUUCCUAGAAAGCCUCCUUGUUCAAGUGGAAGACAAUCAGGUUCUUGCUGGCCACCAGCUUUCCCCAUUGAACCCACGUACCCAAUAGGAGGUCCAGUCCUUCCGUCCCACCCACCAGCGCUUCCUGUUGAACCCAACUACCCAAUAGGAGGUCCAGUUCUUCCGAACCACCCACCAGCGCUUCCUGUUGAACCAAAGUACCCAAUAAGAGGUCCAGUUCUUCCGAACCACCCACCAGCGCUUCCUGUUGAACCAAAGUAUCCAAUAAGAGGUCCAGUCCUUCCGUCCCACCCACCAGAGCUUCCUGUUGAACCAAAGUACCCAAUAAGAGGUCCAGUCCUUCCGUCCCACCCACCAGAGCUUCCUGUUGAACCAAAGUACCCAAUAAGAGGUCCAGUCCUUCCGUCCCACCCACCAGAGCUUCCUGUUGAACCAAAGUACCCAAUAAGAGGUCCAGUCCUUCCGUCCCACCCACCAGAGCUUCCUGUUGAACCAAAGUACCCAAUAAGAGGUCCAGUCCUUCCGUCCCACCCACCAGCGCUUCCUGUUGAACCAAAGUACCCAAUAGGAGGUCCAGUCCCUCCAUCCAACCCACUAAUGCUUCCUAUUGUGCCAGAGUACUCAAUGGGCCAUCCAGGCCUGCUAUUCAAUCCAUUACUGCUUCCUAUAGCCCCAGAGUACCCAAUAGGAUUUCCAAUCCCUUCCUUCAACCCACCAGUGCUUCCUGUUGAGCCCAAGUACCCAUUUGGAGGGCCAGUCCCUCUGUUUAACCCACCAGUACUUCCUGGUGAACCAAUGUAUCCAAUAGGAGGUCCCGUACCUCAGGUCCAACCACCACAGCUUCCUAGUAAGCCUCCUUGUUCAGUGGCAAGUCCCUUUAGUGUUUGUAGGCCGCAAACAUUCCCUGUUAAGCCCAAGCACCCUCUAGAGGUUCCAGUCAGCCAUGGCCUAAUGCCUCUUUUCCAAACUUUGGAGUCUGGCAAGGUUCCUACAGAGCGCUUGAAUCAUGGAUAUCCAGGAUGCUAUAGCAAAUGGCCGUUUCUGCAAUCAAAGCCCUGCUACUAGAGAGCUUCAGAAGGUCCAGAAGCAAUGAGACUAAAUCAUUCACCUCUUGCAAUAAAGAACUCAUUACAAAA